UUGAAACAAAGUUUGACGACGAGGUGGUAAUAGAGUGGGUAUAUUAGAUAUGGAUUACUACGUUCCACUGAAGGAUGAAGCGAUCGAGAGACCAAUUGUGUCUCAUAUUACGAAGACGCCUCGUAUAUUGGGAAGAAGAUUCGCUCUAACAUCCACUAAUUUUAAAUACUUGGAUAUUGGAAUCAGCGUGGGAUCUAUAUCUCAUGUGGAAAUACUUAUUGGUGACAACCGAGGCAAUUACAUUAUCCUGCCUUAUGGAAUGUGGAGGAUGUUCAUUGAGAGACGUAUGGACAUUGAACAAUUUCUGCAGUCAAGCGUCCCGUCAUCGCUACGAAUUCAAGAUUUAGUUAUAGAUCUCGUAAAAAUACGCAAUGAAAAUAUUGUAAAAUUGGCGCUGAAUGAUACUU